CUCGUAUUCAAGAUGGCUGAGUUUGUAGGUAAACGUCUUCGCAUCAAGACAGAAGAAGGCACGUAUGAGGGCAUUGUACACAGUAUAGAUCCUGUUAAACAGAGGUUAACUCUUUCUAAAGUCUUAUCAUGUACAGAAGGUAAAGCUCCAAAAACACUUCAUGGAUUCCAUAAUUUCUUUGGUCAUGAGUUAAGCAAUUUGGAGAUCUUAAGAGAUGAAGGGUGUGAAGGUGAUGACAAAGAAUUACCGAGGAAUGAGGCUAAAGAAAAAGAAGUUGAAAAGAAUAGGGAAAAUGGUUUUAAUACAAAUGCUACCCACCAUCGUCAUCAUCAUUCAACACCAGCAAGUUAUAAACCAAGCAGUGGGGCACCUAAAGUACAACCAACAGCCUUGCAAUCAAGUAUGAAACAACAACCGAGUGAAACAGCUGCAAUGUCAGCAGUUUUUAAGAAUGCUGUAAAGGAUGCAGGAAUACAGAUGAAAAAGACCAAGAAACCUUCUAGUAUUGUGACAAGAGAUGCUAGUGAUGAAGGCACAACCAUGCUUCAUCGUUCUCCACUUGCUCCUGAAAGAUACUUAAUGGAUGAUUAUUAUUCUGAUGAUGAUAUGAAUGAAGUAUCACCCCAAAAUCCCCCCAAGAAAGUUGUCAUUCAAGAAUAUGGUGAUCAUUUCAACAAUGCUAUUAAAUACAUCAGUAGCCAAAGAGUUGUUGGUCUGUCAUGCGAGGGUAUUCAUUUAGGAAGAUAUGGCAAAGUCUGUUGGCUUGUGAUUGGAUGUAGGCAGUUUACAUAUCUUUUUGAUGUCAUAUCUCUUGGUACUUCUUGCUUUGAUGAAGGUCUUGGAGGCAUCUUAGAAAAUGCAAACAUUUUAAAGGUAAUUCAUGACUGCCGUCAAAUCAGUGAUGCAUUAUACCAUCAGUAUUCCAUAAAGCUUGUUAAUGUGUUUGACACUCAGGUUGCAGAUAUUAUUAUCUUUCAAAAAGAAAAGGGUGGACAAUUACCAAGGGUGGUCAAUGGCUUAGUUGGAUGCUUGUAUGAAUAUCUGAAUCUUUCACCAGAAGAAUGUCAUUUCCAGAAAAUAAGAAUCAAUAACAUGCAGAAAGAUGAGCUAAUCUGGUCAAGAAGGCCCUUAUCACAACCGCUCCUUGAUGCCUGUGCCAAGCAUGUGAUGUAUUUGCGUGAGCUACGUUUGGCGCAGAUGGAGAGAAUGUUGGCGGAGUUUAUAUUUGGUGUUGACGUGUAUCUUAGUGUAAUCAGAGAUGAUAAAGAUCUCAAACCACCAGACAAGAAAAACAUGAACAAAGGUCGCUUAGUUCCUCAGGAGUUUCAAAAACUCUAUAGAUUCCAGCAUCGUAGGCGUAACAGAAAAUUUGACGAAGAAGUCCAUGAUGCCACCGACGAAGAUGACAGUUUAAGUCACAGAAAUGCGUGGCAAGAAGGCCAAGUCUUUAGUGAAGCGUAUAAAGAUAAACACGGCCGUCUAAGAGAGCAGUCAAUUCGGCCUGACCUGUAUGAAUCAUCAGGGCGUGGCUCAUACGGGGACUGGGGUACAGGACCAGAUAACAUUGAACUGCGGCCAAAUUUUUCAGAUAACAAGCCACACCUGUUUGAAUCAUCAGGGCGUGGCUCAUAUGGGGACAGGGGUACAGGACCAGAUAACAUUGAACUGCGGCCAAGUUUUUUAGAUGACAAACCACGCCUGUUUGAAUCAUCAGGGCGUGGCUCAUAUUUUGGCAGGGGUACAGAAACAGGUAGAAGUAAACUGCCGCCAGGUUUUUCGGAUAACAGACAUCAGCUGUAUAGAGAGGAAGAAUCGGAUGGAUCUAGUGAUUUAAGUAAUGCUUCAUUAGGGGAUAAUAUGGCGGCAAAUUAUAGUGAUUAUUCUGACACCAGCAGCAGCCGUCCAGAUCAUCCACCAAACUUUUUCAAUGAUGAAAACGCUUUUUACUUCAAGAAUCCCGAGGAGCUUGGUAGCUUACGGCAUGACACUAUACCAGAUAACAGGUCAGCUGCUGUUAGAGAAUACUCCUCUUCGCCGAACGCAUGCGCAAUGGAGAACACUGCAGACAGACUUGUUCAGUUAAAUUUCAGAGAUGAAGAUUUCCCACCAUUAAGUAGUUCUCAGUCAAGUAACUCUCCUUCAUCACCAAAAUCAAGACCUAACACUGCAAUACAUAGUGACUCUAGAUCCAUCCCUAGUACAAUGCGGGAUAAUACCCGACCUUUACCCGCAGUAUCUCGAGGUCAGUCUCCUCUGGUAAGAGACGCUAUAGCGACUGUUGGGCGUGGUCGAGGUAGUCUAUUUCAACUCUUGCAACAUAUGCCUCGUGCCAGGCUUCCGCGGUUAGAGCAGACCAAUGAACCAAGUGGAGGGACUGGGUCUACAUACGGUGUAGGGCAACGUGUACAUGCUUUUCCCACUGAUGAAGAACUUUUUGCUUCUCCUGAAAUCACUCAUGUGUCUGAUACUAACUCAGUGCGUGGAGGUACCCGUGUUUGGGUCAGGAAGACUUAAUUGAAAUCAUUCACCAUCCCAUAUUAUUUGUUUAUGAAACUCAUUCUUUGUUAUAUUUUUCUUCGUAUUUGCGAACACUUCUGAAGCAAUACGUACGAAUAUAAUUAUUCUUCCUUCUUCCCAAGCAUUGUCAUGCAGUCUCUUUUCUUGACACAGCACGAACAAUGAAGAAUUAAGAACCUGUGCACAUCAUUUAGAGGAGCUGUUAUUGUUAAUUUACUAGAAAAAAUCUUAACAGGAGACUUGCGCACCUAAAAAUAAAAUGCGCACGUCAUGUUCUAUUUAUACAGGUUUACACUGAUACAAAUAGCAUACUUGUGUCUUAGUUAAGUAAUAUGCACAUUGUUUUGAGUUUAUGUGGUCAUCUUGACUUACACCGCACUCAGCCCGAGUGUCUAUUAUAAAGACAAGGUGUGUGGAGAUUAACGCUGCUUGAUGCCAGUUCCUAAAAUGAAUGUUUACAAAUUGAA